AUGUCAGAAGUUCUCACUCUAGAUGCCAUCUUGUUUGGAGUGCUUGUCUUCACAGGCAUCCUGGGAAACAUACUGGUCAUUCAUGUGGUAUUCAAGUCAGCUGCUGAAAGUCAGUCUCAUUGGCUUCCUCCAUCAGACACCAUCUUGGUGCACCUGUCCCUUGCCAACCUCCUGACUUCCCUCUUCCGUACCAUGCCCAUUUUUGUGUCUGACCUGGGCCUGGAAGUUACCCUCGCCCCUGGCUGGUGCCGCUUCUUCAUGCUGCUGUGGGUAUGGUGGCGGGCUGUGGGUUGCUGGGUCACCCUGGCCCUCAGUACCUUCCACUACUCCACACUGAAACGUAGUCACAUGUCGAUGGGCGCAUUGGCGCAGAAACGGGAGAGGAAUCGGGUGUGGAUAGCCCUGGGGCUGGUGUGGGGUGCAAACCUGGCCUUCUCCUUGCCAGCACUGGUCUAUACCACCCACGUCCAUGGCAAUGCCACGGUGGAGCUGAUGGUGAUCAGCUGCACCACCCGGCCCUUGCUUGGCUGCGUCUGGGAGUUCCCUACCGUAGAGCAGGGCACUGCCUUUGCUUCCGCUUCUCUAGCAUUUAACGAGGUAUUGCCUUUGCUCCUGAUGAUAGCCACCAAUCUGGCUACUUUACAUGCCUUGUACAAGCACAUCCGGGUAGUCACCUCCGGGGGCGAGGCGGAGGGCGCUAAGCCGGGCGACCUAGACAAACAUGUGGCCAGUGAACGUAAGGCAGGUCAUGUGAUCAUGUCACUCGUCUCACUGUUUGUGGUGUGCUGGGCUCUGCAGGUUGCUGCAGUGACAUAUUACAACCACGACAGGGGUCGCCAUGCGGAACAGCUGUUGACUGUGGCCCAUUUCUCUGCCUCACUGUUUGUGGGCUUUAGUCCCAUGGUGGUGGCCCUUGGACACGGUAAGCUGAGAAAGAGAAUCAUAGGGAUGUUCAAGGAGUGGGGUGAUGUGGUCAAAUGUCGACAACGGGACACAGCUGAGAAAGAGAUCAAAGCUUCAGAGACUACUGGGAAAAAGGUGAAACCAACUAUUGUUGUUGUUCAAAAUAAGUUAUCAUUGUAG